AUGACAUCUCCGGACAAUGUCUCGCCCCCCGAACCAGCGGCGUCUCCGCUGAGGAUGUCAUUGCCAAAGACCCGAGGCUCCGCAGAAACCCAAUCGAUGGCAUCUUCAGCGUCGACACUACCAUACCGAGUAUCGAAUCCUUCCGUCUCGUCCCUUUUUGCAUCCACAUCGACGCCGACUGGAUCACGACCGUCCUCUCCUAGUGGAGGCCUGGGUCGAUCGAUAAGCCUUUCAGGCUCUGUAUUUGGGGGCAUUCCUGGGGAUUCCCAGCAGCUACCACCAGCAGAACGACCGGAAGAUCCCCGGAAUCUUAUUAUACAAGCCUUUAUCCCCCAUGUCGCUGUCCACACAUCGCAGGACACCCAUGACCUAGUGAAAGACAAAGGUUUCAAUGGAGGACUUUGGGAAUUGUUACGCCCCUUUGGGGAGCGGGUUCAGGGGAAGGUGAUAGUUCGAGACAGUAUAGGGGCUGGGCGGUCCUAUGAUAAUUUUGCUGUGCGGUUUGUUCAACUAGGUGAUGGUCUUGAGAUACCGGAGGGGGUACCAGGUUCACGAAAAAGCGAAGAAGGCAAAGGGCCAUCAUUAAAUGGUGGUAUAAAUGAAUCGAAGUCAUUCCCUGCUCAAAGCUCAAGGACCGGAGGGAGUAUUUCCCAAAUCGAAACCUUGGUAGAUCGGCACUUGACCCACGCAGAAGAUUUUCCGAAUAUGACCGGAGAGGAUUACCUGACAUUCAAGGAGAAUCGAGAUGUUGAUACCGCAUCCCCAUUUUAUACUCUCUACCUACGGAGGUUACUCUCGGGCAUACCUCUGACGCCCCAUGAGAGUUUUGCACAUCCAGUUGCUUGUGUAAUUGCAAUCAGCUCAAGGAACACCAACCCAAUCGAGACGCUACGGAAUCUUUAUCAAGAAUCAUCUGUGGGACUGAAAAGGCUGCCUCUUUGGGUAAGCAACGAAUAUCUACGCUAUUAUGUCUUAGUUCACGAUGAGGAACGAGAUGAUAUCGCCAAAUCAAUGACAAUGUUUGACCAGAUGAAGAGACAUUUUGGUCUUCACUGUCAUCUCCUUCGAUUAAGGAGUAGUAACUGUGUGGCAACAGACGACGAUAGCGUACAGUUUCCUCGAUCUGAGUGGGUCACGGCCUCGGAAGAAAUCGCAGAUAUCCAGGAGCGUGAAAUGCAGGAGGAUAUCGACGGCUCUUUUCCCUGCAUCUACGAAUCAGACAUGACUGCUAUCAAAACCUUCAUCCGGGGAAUGGUUACCCAAUCGGUUGUUCCAUCCAUGGAAAGAUGUAUCUCGACGUGGAAUGACCAGGUGGCAUCACGGCGAAGAGGGAUAAGCGGGCGGUUUAUUAGUCUAUCCAAGAAAUGGACUGGGUUUGGAAGUAGUUCGCGGAACUCUUCUUCAAAUGGCGCCGGUUCUGGAUCCAACUACGACGCUCUGCAGGGAUUUUACAGACCAGAUUCUCCUGAGGCGGUGAUGCGAAAGCUUGCGGACUAUGCGUUCAUGCUUCGAGAUUGGAAGUUAGCGCAAUCGACAUAUGAAUUGCUUCGUUCAGACUUCAUGAACGAUAAAGCAUGGAAAUACCAUGCUGCGACAAAUGAGAUGGCUGCCAUUAGCACGCUGUUGAUUCCGCAAGCGCUCAGCUCAAAAGUUCGAUUAGAGACUGUCGAUCAAAUGCUAGAAAGCGCCUGUUAUUCAUACAUCACUCGAUGCGGAGCAUCUUAUGGCGCGUUGCGCUCAUUGCUCCUGGGGACGGAGCUAUUAAGGCUUCGAGGGGGGUCAGCCACCGAGGAUGCAGCUAAGUGGGGUACCAAGCUCUUGGAAUACAAAGUAGUAGGCGUCAUUGGGGAUGCUCUGAUAAAAGAACGCAUUUCAGCUUGCUAUGCAUCCAAGAAAGGAGCUGGCUCCGGACUCUGGGGCCACCGACUUCGAAAAUCUGCCGUAUGGAGUAUUCUUGCGGCUGAUGCGUGGCUCACCCUGGGAAAACCCCAACAAUCCAAGCAACGUCUGGACGAAGCUAGUGCCAAGUAUUCUUCAUUAGCCAACAAGGACAGCUUAUCGCAUUUCAAGAUGGCGAAUGACUUUUCACAAGGCUUAGGAAACGAAGUGCAGUUAGCCCUCUACCCCGAAUCUUCCGUUGAGGAGUCGGGGGCUAUAGGGGAUUUAACGGAGACCCGGAUCGCGGAGGAGAGUGAAGACUUUGAUUCGCGGCCCCACCGAAGGAGCUUGAUGGGAGCAACCGUGCCGGCGCUGGCAACUCUUGGGUCUGCACCUUUACAUGGGACAGUGAUGGAGGGCGAGGGUGACUUGAAGCCGCCCGACCACUUUGAAUGA